GUCAGGAAGGUAACUUCCGGCGCUGUGUGGGAAAAGUGACACUUGGAUUUUGCCAGCCGUUCUACCGUAUCCGGAUUGCCUAUUCAACUCCGGUUACUCUUGGAAAUGUCUUCUGUAAAAAGCAGUCCAAAACAGGAAAUAAUCUCCCAGCUACACAAUUCAGCUGCAGAAGGAGAUAUUGGCAAGCUAACAGGAAUUCUCCAUCAUUUUCCAUCUCUUCUCAAUGAAACUUCUGAAAAUGGCUGGACUGCUUUAAUGUAUGCUGCAAGGAAUGGGCACCCAGAUGUUGUCCAACUUCUGCUUGAGAAAGGGUGUGACAGAUCAAUUGUCAAUAAAUCAAGGCAAACCGCACUGGAUAUUGCUACAUUUUGGGGUUAUAAGCAUAUAGCUAACUUACUAGCUAAUGCUAAAGGUGGGAAGAAGCCUUGGUUCCUAACCAAUGAGGUGGAAGAAGGUGAGAAUUAUUUUAGCAGAACCCUACUGGACCGGAAAAGUGAAAAAAGAAAUAAUACUGACUGGCUCAUAGCGAAAGAAAGCCAUCCAGCCACAGUUUAUAUCCUUUUCUCAGAAUUAAAUCCCUUGGUUACUCUAGGUGGCAAUAAAGAAAGUUUUCAACAGCCAGAAGUCAGGCUUUGUCAGCUGAAUUACACAGAUAUAAAGGAUUAUUUGGCUCAGCCUGAGAAGAUCACCUUGAUUUUUCUUGGAGUAGAACUUGAAAUGAAAAAAAAGUUAAAUAAUUACAAUGGAGAAGUCCCAAGAGAGGAGGAUGAUGGGUUGGUUGCCUGGUUUGCUCUAGGUAUAGAUCCCAUGGCUGCUGAAGAAUUUAAGCAAAGACAUGAAAAUUGUUACUUUCUUCAUCCUCCAAUGCCAGCUCUUCUUCAGUUGAAAGAAAAAGAAGCUGGGGUUGUAGCUCAAGCAAGAUCUGUUCUUGCUUGGCAUAGUCGAUACAAGUUCUGCCCAACUUGUGGAAGUGCAACGAAGAUUGAAGAAGGUGGCUAUAAAAGAGUAUGCUUGAAAGAAGACUGUCCUAGUCUCCAAGGUGUUCAUAAUACAUCAUACCCAAGAGUUGAUCCAGUAGUUAUUAUGCAAGUUGUUCAUCCAGAUGGGACUAAAUGUCUUCUAGGCAGGCAGAAAAGAUUUCCCCCAGGAAUGUUUACUUGUCUUGCUGGAUUUAUUGAGCCUGGCGAGACAAUAGAAGAUGCUGUUAGGAGAGAAGUAGAAGAGGAAAGUGGAGUCAAAGUUGGCCAUGUUCAGUAUGUCUCUUGUCAGCCAUGGCCAAUGCCCUCUUCCUUAAUGAUCGGUUGUUUAGCUGUUGCAGUAUCUACAGAAAUUAAAGUUGACAAGAAUGAAAUAGAGGAUGCCCGCUGGUUCACUAGAGAACAGGUUGUGGAUAUUCUUACUAAAGGGAAGCAGCAAAAGUUCUUUGUACCACCAAGCCGAGCUAUUGCACAUCAAUUAAUCAAGCACUGGAUUGGAAUGAAUCCCAAUCUCUAAAUUGAAGAACUAGCCUUUGAGUAUGAUUUGCUUUUGAAUACAGGUACUCCUCAAGUGGGAUCAGAAAUUAUCAGUGAUCUUUAGUGUCAUAAAACAGAAUAUCAUAGUGGUCCCCAAAAAUAUUCUCUAAGUGUUCAUUAAACCAUAGAACUCCUAUUUUAAUACAUUAAAACAUUACUUCAGAUUUUCCUAAAUUUGGGGGAAGCAUUGAACAUUUUUUUGUAGUCAUACUUAAAACUUUUAUACCAAGAAGUUACAUUUCUAAUAAUAAAUAUCAUUGUAAAGUAAUACAUUCUAGUGCCUCUCAAAAGCAUUAGAUUUUCAUAAUUUGAGAAAUGAAACAAUAAUUUUGAAGUAUUAAACUUAGAUUGAUAUUUAUGUUAUUCCCAAAGUUGUUACUACCUUAUUUUUAUCUUCCCAUUGCAUUCCCACUUCAUAUUGUUCUAGUAGAGCUACUCUUAAGUGUUGAUACUUGUCUCAUUUGACCAGUGUUAAGAAUGUGUUAUUUUAACAAGGAAACUUUAAAUAACACAAACAUGAAAAGGGAACUAAAAUAAGAGGACACUUGUCUUUAAACCUAAAUCUACUGAAUGCACCUACUUAUGAGUUACUUAUCUGUUCAUAAGACAAAUCAAGAUUUUCUACUUUUUCACUGAAAUUAAACAUAUUUGAGAGGAAUUCUUUAAGGUCAGAUAGUAAAUAAAUCUGUUUGUCUCAUGUUAAUGACUCCUAUAAUCCUACCUACUCAGGAGACCUUGAGAUCUGAGAAGAGGUGUUUGGAAUCAGCCCAGGCAGAUUAGUUCAUGAGUGUCCUAUCUCCAUUAACAAGUAAAAAGCUGAAACUAGAGAUGUGCUCACAUUAUAGAGAGCCAGACAUGAAUGAUAAAGCCAGUGUGAGCUCAGGCUCUGAGUUCUGCGAGUGAGAUAAAGAGUCAGAGACAAAUUUGUGGUAUGUUUACAUUUUCAGUUAAAAGCUCUAAUUUUAUUUCAUUUUGUUGUGAUGGAUAUAUCUGUGUUGACAGAAGAAUUCUAUAAUAAUUACCCCAGUGCUUGUAAUGCUUAGAACAUGGUUUUGACCUUAUAUCAGUAUGUUCUAAGAAGCCUUGAUGAGUAUAUUUUAGAACUAAACUCUUAAGUGUAAUUUAAAACUGACAGUAAGAUUUUAGAGAAAUAAAACUAAAAUAAUUCUAAUAAUUUUAACAUAGAAAUAUGUAUUUUAACACAUUGUU